GAGUGUCAGUGCUAUGAGAGAGUGGUUCACAAACACAUCGCACAGAUAUACGAGUCUUACGUCCUGUCCAACAGAAUCGUAUGUCUUGUCUAUGAAUUCAUUGAAGGCAAUAAUCUAUUGGUCGAGAUCGUGAACAGAGCUAAUGCGGGAUAUGUUUACAGUGAGAAUGUCAUCAGUUAUUAUAUGAACCAAAUAAUGGAAGCCAUCGACUACUGCCAUAAGUCGGAUAUAAUUCACGGCAAUAUAAAGGCUGAAAACAUCUUAAUGGCUGUGAAUAGUAGUGGAUCUCCGGUUAAACUAUGCGGGUUUGGACGCACU